AUGAUUUGGAUAUUCGUACUCUUAGUUCCGGGGGUCUUCUCUGAUCCCCUCCUGGUGGAGGCCCCCCAGGGUCAGUUUCGGGGCAUACCCGCUGAUGAUGGAAACUACACUAUGUUUCUGGGUAUACCGUAUGGGCGGGUGGACCCCGAAAACCCUUUUGGAGCGGCUCAACCUCACCCAAGAUUUACUGAAAUAUUCGAAGCCAACAAUGAUUCUGCAAUCUGCCCUCAAGCCGGUGACGCAUCAGGCACUAUGACCCUCGACUGUCUCAAUCUAAAUGUUUACGUACCAAACAAUUCAACUGGAAAACUUCCAGUUUUAGUUUGGAUACAUGGCGGGGGCUUUUCCUUUGGUGAUGGCACUAAGCGACAGCAAGGACCGAAGUAUUUAGUACGCCACAACAUAAUUGUAGUAUCAAUAAACUAUCGACUUGGACCAUUCGGAUUUUUGUGCUUAGACAUUCCUGGAAUAUCCGGGAACCAGGGUUUUAAAGACCAGACGAUAGCUUUAAGAUGGAUCCGAGAAAACAUUGAAUCGUUCGGUGGUGAUCCAAACCAUGUCACCGCUUAUGGAGAGAGCGCCGGUGCUGCUUCAGUUGAGUUCCAUAUGGCUUCCGAAAAUGAGCAACUAUUCCAAAGGGCUAUUUUGUCAAGCGGAGCCAUUUUUGGCACAUGGACCAUAGGUGAAAUAGAUAAUUCUAUACCUUUGAAGAUAGCAACAUCUUUAGGGUUAACAACGGACAACGUUCAAACUGCGUUAGAUUUUUUGAAAGGCCAAGAUGUACAAAGAGUAAUUGGUGCAUCAAGAGCGUUUGGAAUGUUGUCUGGCUGUGUUGAACGAAAAUUUAGUGGUGUAGAGGGAUUCAUGCUCGUCCAUCCUUUUACAUUAGACAGGCUAUCAAAAGUUGAGAAUAUGUCAAUCAUCACCGGAUUCAAUGAUGAUGAAUCGUUAGCUAGUUUUAUUAACACGCCAGAAGAAUCUUUUCCCAAUUUGGAUCCCUUUAGAAAUUUCGCUGAAGAAUUUCUUGAAGACAAGGAUGAGGUUUACAACUAUAUUCGACGAUUUUACAUAGGUGGUCAAUCAAUAACUUCGAAUGUUAGACGAGAGCUGAUUGACUUCACUUCCGACCAAACGUUUAAUCAUCCAAGUCAUAGAAGUCUUAAGCGAUUCCUGGUUUCCAGUAAGAAUGUCUAUUAUUACAUUUUCUCAUACACUGGAGGGAGAAAUAUGGUGAAGGUCAGAAUGAACAUUACUGAAGGUGGAGCGGCCCAUGCUGAUGAAUUAGGAUAUGUCUUUGAUAUGGGCGAGUUAAGUGGAUUAGGGAAUGCAGAAGAUUAUGUGAUUGUAGAUAGGAUGACAGAAAUGUGGGCAAAUUUCGUGAAGUACGGAAACCCCACGCCAGAAGUGACGGAGCUCCUUCCAGUGACCUGGCCGGUUGCCACAGCAGAGACCCACAGAUACCUGGACAUCAACAGAAACCUCGUAGUGGGAUAUCGACCGUUUCAUAGAAGAAUGACAUUUUGGGAUAUGUUUCAUGUUGUGUUUCCAUUUAAAACAAAUAGUGCUGUAAAUAAUACAACUUUUAAUUUCCUUUUGGUUGUUAUGUGUUGUCUGUGGAAAUUGAUUGCUUAA